AUCCGAAAAACUGCAGUGCUCUCAGAAACUGAGCAGCUCUCCUGUUCCAUUUAACUUAUAGCCAGUUUGAAUUCACAUUUGAAAUGUUACAGAAAGGCUUUUAUCUGGUUUGGCUUCUGUUAUUAUUUGGGUUGAGCAGCAGUGGAGCGCUGAAGGACCCUCAUCCAGAGCUUUCUGAUCAGGAGUUUUUCUGGGGAGCCGAUCAGUAUGACUUUUCCAUCAUGCUGCGUGCUGGAGACCUCCAGUGCUACUGGCACUUUGCUCACUUCGGCGAGCGCUUCUACUUAAACUUCAUGGUGCAGCUGGUGACUGGUGUGGCUCUGGACAGACAUCUCUCUGUGACUGUUAAUGCCCCGAGCGGUUUAAUAGUCGGCACAGUUGAUGAUGCAAGUGGUCAGAUUGCCUUCAGUGUUCAGGAGACUGGUUUUUAUCAGAUGUGCUUCAGUAAUUUCCACAAUCGCUUCGGGAGCAUGCAGGUUUUCUUGAACUUCGGUGUGUAUUACGAGGGACAAAAGGACAUCGAGAAACAAAAGGAAGAAGAGAAGAAAAAGAAAGAAGAGGACAUGAAACAGAUAAAUAGUACAUUGUCCUUCAUUGAGGAAAGCAACAGCAGGCUGCAGAGGUUUGUCUUCCACAUGUGGCGUCAUUAUAACUACGAGCGAAUGAGACGCGGUGCUGAUUUCUACCUGCUUCAGUCCAACUCCACUUAUGUGAACAGCUGGUCUGCUGUGCAGAGUCUGGUCAUCAUCACCGCUGGAUACCUGCAGCUCUACUGCCUCAAGAGACUCUUCAACACCAAACCAGCAGAGGGAGACAAGCCCCGCUGUUAACAUCAACACCAAACCUGUCUCUUUCUUCAUAAUACAGCCAUACAGGGGUCUUUUGAACACUUUUAUGAACCAAGAAUGAAUUUAAAUUAAAAGCAAAUUAUUUCAGCCUUUUAUUUGGUUAUUUGAAUAUCAUAUUAAAACUGACUUCCUCAUGA